AUUCCUGCUGAACCGUUAGUGACACAAGUGAGGAAAGUCUUCACAGUAACUAUUGCUUAUUGUGCUAUCUAGAAGUUGGAAAAUGAUCCAUUCUACCCAGCGGUUCAACAUUAUUUGGUUGACAUUUGUGAUGAUGGUACAGACAACUUUUUCUAUGUGCAAGUUGCAGGAAAAACACGGAGCUUAGCUUGACUAUCGACAUCUGAAUAUUUAUCGAGUGAAAAGGAAGUGUUGUCGGCUUAUACAAUAUUUGCACACGAAUAUACCAAACCUCACACGCUUUCCAUCUUUUUUUCCUUCCACUGCCCUUUUCUAUACAGCUGUUGAAUUCCUUGAUCUUAUCUCCAGCAACCUCACAAUCUCAUAGCAUACGAGACCAACACAGAGGCGGUGACGCAACGAGCAGUAGUACUGUUGCUCUUUCACCCAUUUGCACAAGAUCAAAUUUGAGUGUUGUUGAGGUGAAUUCUCUGCUCAAUCCUUGAUUUCGUUUUGCUCCUCUUCGGUUGUUCUGUUUUUUAGUUGUCUAGUAGGGCAAAGGCCCACUGGAAUUUUUAUCUAUAUGUAUCAAAAAGUAUGUAUAAGAGGGCUGAAAAAGAGCUAUACAGGCUAAGCUAGUGUGGAACUAAGAAAUAAAGUAAAAUAAAAGGAGGAUUAUAUGGUUGUCCGUCUUCUGUCAGUGCUUAACCUCUUUUUUUCUCUUUCAUAUAUGCAGCAGUUUCUUGUUCCUCCGGCCUGCAAGAACAUGGCAGAAUCGCUGCUUCUCCCUCUAGUGCGUCGUGUGGCCGGCAAGGCUGCAGACGCACUCAUCAAGACAGUGACCCGUAUGUGUGGUCUCGACGAAGACCGCCGAACGUUGGAGCGCCAGCUGCCAAGCUGGCCGACGGCGAGGAGAGGAGCAUGACAAAUGGCUAUGUCAAGAGCUGGAUGAAGGAGCUCAAAUCCAUCGCCUACAAGGCCGAUGACGUGCUCGACGACUUCCAGUACGAGGCGCUGCGCCGCCAUUCUAAGAACGGCAGGUCCACUUCCCGGAAGGUACAUGGCUAUAUCACGCGCCGCAGCCCGCUGCUCUUCCGUUUUGAAAUGAGCAGGAAACUCAAGACCAUCCUCGAGAAGACUAAUAAGUUGCUUGAGGAGAUGAACAAGUUUGGUCUGGAGAAUUCUGUCCAUCGGGAGGAGCCACAACAUCCUUGGCGGCAGACACACUCAAAACUGGACGACUCUACCAAAAUCUUUGGAAGAGAAUAUGAUAAGGAGGUGGUGGUGAAGUUGUUGUUGGACCAGCAAGAUCAGCAUAAGGUGCAGGUGUUGCCCAUCAUUGGGAUGGGAGGUCUUGGCAAGAUGACUCUUGCUAAGAUGGUGUAUAAUGACCAAGAGGUUCAGCAACAUUUCCAGUUGAAGAUGUGGCAUUGUGUGUCAGACAACUUUGAUCCAAUUGCUCUUUUGAAAUCCAUCAUUCAGUUGGCUGAAAAUAAAAGAUCUGACAUGCCUGACACCAUUGAGAUGUUGCGAAAGCAACUUGAGGGACUCAUUGGCCAAAAAAGGUUUAUUCUAUUUCUUGAUGAUGUGUGGAAUGAGAACAAAAGGAUAUGGGAGGAUGAACUGAAGCCUCUUUUGUGUUCUGUUGGUGGACCAGGAAGCAUAAUAGUCGUCACAACUCGAAGCCAGAAAGUGGCCUCUAUAAUGCAGACCCUUCGACCCCAUCAGCUAGAAUGUCUAAAUGAGCAAGAUUCAUGGGAAUUGUUUGCACAUAAAGCAUUUAGCAAUGGUGUAGAGGAGCAAGCAGAGUUAGCCAGCAUCGGAAGGCAUAUUGUCAAUAAAUGCGGGGUUGCUCUUGCUCUCAAGACAAUGGGUGGAUUGCUGAGUUCAAAGGAAAAAGUACAGGAAUGGAAGGCCAUCGAAGAAAGUAACAUUGGGGAUAGUGAUGGAGGCAAAUACGAGAUCAUGCCCAUACUAAAGUUAAGCUACAAAUACCUAUCAUCUGAAAUGAAGCAAUGCUUUGCAUUCUGUGCAGUUUUCCCCAACUAUGGAUGGCAAAUGGCUUUAUUCAAGAAGAGGGAGCAAUGGAUUUAAUAUAGAAAGGAGAAUUCAUUUUUGAUGAGUUGGUUCGGAGGUCCUUCCUCCAAGAUAAGAAAGUGGUAGUUAAAUAUGUUGUCUAUGAUGGUAACACACCAUAUAAGACAAUAGUAUGUAAAAUGCAUGACUUAAUGCAUGAUCUUGCAAAAAACGUCACAAAUGAAUGUGCAAGUAUAGGAGAACUGACUCGGCAGAAAGCAUUGUUAAAAGAUGUUUGUCACAUGCAAAUGUCAAAGGCCGAACUGAAACAAAUCAGUGGGUUAUGCAAACACAAAAAAUACCUCCGCACUUUGUUAUCUCCUUCAGAAUUACACGGGCAUUAUUAUUUUUUAAACAGGUCACAUAAGGAUUUUAAAGAGUUUCUACAGAUAUCAGCAUCACUAAGAGCAUUGCAUUGCCCCCCUUCUUCAAUUGACAUUUGCACAGCCAUAAAUGCGAAACAUUUACGAUAUCUUGACCUCUCUCAGUCUAACAUCGUUAGGUUGCCAGAUUCAAUAUGCAUGUUGUAUAACUUGCAAACACUGAUUCUCAAUGGUUGCGAGGAGUUGCAACAGUUAUCAAAAGACAUGGAAAGACUGAGAAAGCUCAUCAAUCUUUAUCUUUUUGGUUGUUUGAGUCUCAAAAGUAUGUCUCCAAACUUUGGUCUACUGAACAACCUUCACAUAUUAACAAAAUUUGUUGUGGAUACUGGAGAUGGACUUGGAAUAGAGCAGCUCAAAGACUUGCAACACCUUAGAAAUAGGUUGGAACUGUUGAAUUUGAACAAGAUAAAGAGUGGGGAAAAUGCAAAAGAAGCCAAUCUCAAUCAGAAGCAAAAUCUAAAUGAGUUGUUGUUAUGUUGGGACCAAGGAAUAGAUCAUGAUAAGCCUAAAAAUAUGGACUGCAAUGCAGAAGAAGUGCUUGAGGGUUUAGAACCUCAUAGUAAUAUCCAAAAUUUGGAGAUAUGUGGGUAUGGUGGCCUAGAAAUAUCACAAUGGAUGAGAAAACCUCAAAUGUUUAACUGCUUGAGAGUACUUGAAAUGUCUGACUGCCCAAGAUGCAAGAGUAUACCUGUAG